UCCAAGUGAGGAUUCCAAUUAUAAUUAACUAAUACCUAAUCUGUGAUUUAUACAUUUAUAUCUUGUUUAUUUUGUAGUGCAACUCAAUUUUAUUAAAAUUAUAUCAAAAACUGACUAAAUCGAAGCAAUCACCAUGAGUGAUUUCGACGAAAGUGAAUUUGAUAGUGACGAUGAAAGCGAAUUGCAAGAUUUGGAGAAAAUUAACAGUGCGAUAGCAGAAUUAGAUAAUGAGGAACCCAAACCCGGCACGAGUACUUCCGUAUCUCGUGAAGCCUCUACAGCUGUCGCGAGUAUCUGCAGUGUCACGUCGGGUCAGGGGGAGUAUUCCAAACUAUCCAAAGUCGAAACUGCCUUAGCGCUUAAUAGAAUGUUGGAUGAAAAAUUACGAAAACUUGAAGGUUUACUGCAAUCACGACUGCUCGAGUGCCAUCGAAGAUUAGCCGAAGCUAAAGUAGUCUCGACUCAAACACACAAACCAAACAGGCCAGCCAGAACAAUGAAGUUCAGUUAUGCCAGUUUUGGGAAACCAUACUUUAAGGACAGUCAUGGUUUCCCCGCCCCUGACAACGAGGACACUAUAUUAAUGAAGGAAUCUGAGAUGUACAACUUCUCUAACAUAGGCUCUGCUGUCUCGUGGACUGUGAGAGACAAGUCCCAUCUCUCCAAGCUCAUACACAACUUGUCAAAAGACAUAAAAAAGAAGCAAUUGAAUUCACAAAUAUUAGCUUUACAACGUGAAGACAAAAAAUUGAACACAAUAAAGAACCAUAAGGAAGUAUCUGAGCUCAACAGAAAGAUUGCUCGUGUCAAUAAAGAACCCCUCAAGACAUUAGCUCUUCCAAUAGAUGAAGAGUACGACUGGGAUUACAUUGCCCACAACAUGAAAAACAGGCACAGCGCUAAUGAAUAUAGAGCUCUAUGGAAAAUAUUUCUACAUCCAUCUAUAAAUAAAAGUAUUUGGACCAAAUCGGAACACCUAGCUUUGCAAAAAAUUGCCUUUGAAAGGAGGUUGCAAGACUGGGAUGCUAUCGCUCAGGAGCUGGGCACCGGCAGGACAAGCUACCAGUGUUUCGUUUACUUCCGCACUAACAUAAACAACAACGUUACAAGUCAAAAAUGGACAAGAGAGGAGGAAAAAUACCUCUUGCGGUUAAUAGAAUAUUAUAGAGAGGAGAACUAUAUUCCCUGGGGAAAAGUUGCAGCUGCCAUGGAAAACAGGACAAAAGUACAGGUUUAUAAUAAAUAUGCCCGCCUCUCGGAAGGUAGAAAAGGCAAAUUUCUGCCCGAGGAAGAUUCUAUUAUACUUACGUGCAUCAAUAAGUUUGGGAAAAAUUAUAGAAAGAUAACUGAAUAUCUCCAGGGUCGUUCUGUAACUCAGUGUCGGGAUAGACACCAUGUCUUAACCAAAAGAGAAUAUUCAGCAGUUUGGACUGUCGGCGAAGAUCAGAAAUUAGUUUGGCUGAUAGCCAACCAAGGUUCAUCUAUCGAUUUUUCAACUUUGGCACAAUAUUUUCCAGGAAAAACUAGGGUAAACGUUAGAUCUAGAUACCUAACUUUAUGUAGAUGGAUGAGAAGAAAUCCUAAUGUGGAUGUCAAGCAUGCUCCGAGGCGUGGCCCAAGGCGUUUAGAACAUGGCAAGUCUACUGAUGAUCUCAAUAGGGCUAUAGAGAAUUUGAAAAAACGUUUAGAAGCUGAAGUGAUUGCUAAGAAGAAAUCAAUGAUAACAAAAGAUUCACCUGAGGAAGUGAUAGAAGAUGCAAUAGUAGCCCUCAUAGCUAAAGAAAACAGGUGGAAAAUGGAAGCUCAGUCAUUACAAGAGGAACAAGAUACUGAUCUUGUGAGUGGUGGGGAAAACAUGAAUUGUGAUAUUACAGCGCUACGAAAAAUACUUAUUUUGUUAAAAGCAAAAUUGAAUAAGCAAAAGUUUAAAAAUAGUCCUUUUCGUAAUACUUAUAGCGGCCUACUAGAACCUGAACCUGGAUCGAGCACCGUUCAAGUCAGGUCAUAUUCAAAAAAAGAUGCUGUCAAAAGUAUAAAAAUUGAUAAGGUAGACAUUUGGGGAAAUGCCUUAAAAGGCCCGUUGUCGUAUGUGCUUCCACCGCAUCAUGCAACAGUCGUUGGCUGCAAACAAUUAAUAUUGUAUUACAUCAACUCUCAAGUAGACAGUGAAGAAACCAAAAAUACGAAUGUUCUCAUUAGAAGAAAUAUGUUGGUUAGGGAGCAAAUCGAUCUUCUGAUGGAACGCUUUACUACCUUAUUCCUUUGGCCGAUGCAUCUAACAAAUGUGUCGCCAGAAGAUUGUAAGAUAACAAAUGCAGAAAAGGAUGUCCCAUCAACGUCAAAUCCUGAUCCUGGCAAAAAGUUAAUCAUUUUCCAGAAAGAAGACUACAACAUUGCAUUGCCAUUAUAUUCAAAAUUUCGUAAAAUAGAAAAAAUAAUUGAUAGUGAAGAUAUAGAUUUGAAGGAGUCCAAAGAUACCCACAAAAUUGAGAUCAAUGAAUGUUAUUUUGACUCCAUCCAAUAUAAUUUUUAGCCUCAAUAGCUUAGUGGUCAAAAAAUUCAAAAUUAUUUAAUAAAUAUGUA